AUGUCACCAGGUGUUGAACUUCAGCCACUCAACAAGUCGCAAAAUGUCGAAGCUGCUAAAAUUGAAGAAACUGCUCCAGAAGACAAUCGUAACCUGGUUUUCUCGAUCAUCUGUCUCCACGGAAUCGGAGUUCUGAUGCCUUGGAACAUGCUGAUAACUAUUUCUUACGAUUAUUUCGAAUCCUACAAAAUGCUCGCCAACUCAACUAUCAAUUUGGAAACCGGAGCCGUGACUGGGGAUCCAACAGUCUACUCAUCUAACUUCCAGAGCUUCCAAACUAUCGCCUCCCAAGUUCCGAACCUUCUUCUCAACCUCCUGAAUAUCUUCAUUGUUGUCAAAGGCGGUCUCACUGGCCGUAUCACCGUUGGUCUGUCUAUUGUGGCUGUCUGUGUUAUCACCACUAUGGCUUUCAUUUAUGUGGAGACGCAAACUUGGCUCACCAGCUUUUUCGUCCUCACAAUUGCCACCAUUAUCAUCCUAAACGGAGCCAAUGGAGUCUACCAAAACAGUAUCUUCGGUCUCGCAUCGGAACUUCCCUUCAAGUAUACCAACGCCGUUAUCAUUGGAAAUAAUUUGUGCGGAACGUUUGUCACCCUUCUCAGCAUGUCCACCAAAGCAAUGACUCGCAAUAUUCUGGACCGCGCAUUCGCCUACUUUUCGAUCGCCCUGAUCACCUUGAUCUUCUGCUUCAUCUCUUUCCUGGUACUCCAGAAACAAAGAUUCUACCAAUUCUACAGUAAUCGCGCCGAGACACAGCGAGCAAAACAUGAGGAAUCCGCUGGAAAUCAAGGAAAACUGACCACCUACAUUGCGACGUUCAAAGAAGCAUUUCCAAUGCUGAUCAAUGUAUUUUUGGUGUUUUUCGUCACUCUUUCCAUUUUUCCAGGAGUCAUGAUGUAUGUGAAGGAUGAGAAGAAUGGAGGAACUUACGAUUUUCCAUUGCCACAGAACUAUUUCAUGGAUGUCACCACUUUUCUUCAAUUCAAUGUUUUUGCCUUUAUCGGAUCGAUAGUGGCUGGGAGAAAACAAUGGCCGUCCCCUAACAAACUCUGGAUUCCCGUCUACCUUCGUCUCCUCUACAUUCCAUUCUUCGCAUUCUGCAACUAUCUUCCGGAGACUCGUACCUGGCCAGUGUUCUUCGAAUCCACGUGGAUUUUCGUCAUCGUUGCCGCCUCGAUGAGCUUCGGAAGCGGAUAUUUCUCCGGACUCGCAAUGAUGUACACCUCGAAGAGUGUGGACCCAAUGAGAGCUCAAGUCGCUGGAAUGAUGGCUGGAUUCUUUUUGAUUUCUGGAAUUGUGUCAGGACUCAUUUUUACAAUGGUCAUCAAAGCUUUCGUCACUGCAUAG